AUGCCAGGAGAUCAUGGUUUCUUCACUCCAAUCCAGUCACCUCCGGCGGGGGCUGCUUUGUCAAUGUACGACCAGGAAAAACCAGUUCCCGAACUAUUUAAACCAAUCACAAUUCGCUCAACAACCUUCUCGAAUCGCAUCUGGGUCUCUCCUAUGUGCCAGUACUCCUGUAACCAGGCAGGAGAGCUGACAGACUGGCACCUGGUUCAACUUGGUUCCUUCGCCUCCAGAGGGGCUUCGUUGACUAUUGUUGAAGCUACAAGCGUCUCCUUCGAAGGCCGUAACACAAGUGAGGAUGCGGGGCUGUGGUCUGUUGGCCAAAUCCCGUCAUUUCGACGCGUUGUCAACUUCAUUCACUCCCAGGGCCAGAAAGCCGGCGUUCAAUUACAGCACUGUGGCCGUAAAGCUAGCGUGACAGCUCCAUGGCUUGGCCAUCGACCUGCAAGACCAGAGGAGGGAGGAUUUCCCGACCAUCUUGUUGCUCCUUCUGCCAUCCCCUACAAGGAUGAUGGAGUCUGGCCGACUCCCACCGCCAUGACUAAGGAGAUGAUACAGAAAGCAGUCGGUGAUUUUGUUCAUUCAGCUAAUCUCGCUGCCGAAGCCGGUUUUGAUGUCAUAGAGAUCCAUGGCGCACAUGGCUAUCUCAUCCAUCAAUUUUGCUCUCCUCUCACCAACAUGCGCACCGAUGAGUACGGCGGUUGCUUUGAGAACCGCGUGCGAUUCGCAUUAGAAGUAGUGCAAGGAAUUAGGCUGGCUAUUCCAGAGACAACUUUGCUGUUUUAUCGAAUUAGUGCCACGGAUUGGAUCUCUGACAGAGAGUCCUGGACCCUCGAAGAAUCAGUACGGCUGUGCCGGCUGCUGAAAGAUCUCGGCGUUGAUUUAAUCGAUGUCAGCUCGGGUGGUUUAGUGCCAGAGCAGAAUCUGCCUGCGCUUCAGCCUGCCUACCAGGCCUACUUGUCUAAAACCAUCAAGGAUGAGGUCCCGGGGUUGCUCACUGCAAGUGUGGGCAUGAUCCGUAACGGGAAAACAGCGGAAGAUGUUCUCGCCUCUGGAAGUGCAGAUGUUGUCUUCGUCGCUCGGGAAUUUGCGCGCAAUCCAAGUCUAGUUCUAAAGAUUGCUCUAGAUCUGGGAGUUAAAGUAAAAUGGCCAGUACAAUUGCAUAGGAGUCAGCCAGAUUAUCUGGAUGUAGAUAUGUGA